CACAAAUUUAAAACCUGUAGAACCUCAUUUACCAAAGUACCCUCGUCUAAAACUCCAAAACUCAAAUUCAAAAUUCACUCAUUCUCCAUUUUCCCAAGGCUAAAUAUGUAAAAUCACAAGUGCCAUCAUCGUCAAUAUAGAGCGCCAAAAUGUAAAACCAACAUAACCAUACACUCAAAAAACACCCCCCGAAAAUCCAAACUGAUUUUCUCAACAAUUUCUUCAGUGAAAACGACUCACUGUAAUUUUUUCCAUGGCUUCUUCCACCAUUAUUGAAGCCUGUAACAGUAGAAAGAGAUACCGAAAGCCAUUUAUUUUCGAAAAAUUCGCUGUCGGAAACUCCAUUGACGGUUUUUCAGGACCAUUUAGUGACAACAUUCGAAUGUUCCUUCAAGAAUUUGCUACUAUUGAAGAUUACACACUCUCUGGUUUUCCAAUUUGGUCUACUUGGUUGAUUUCCAAUUCAACUGGUGCCGUUUUCCCACUCUACACCAUUGAAGAAACUACUCAACUUUCUCUUCAUCCUUUCUGUGAUCACUGCAAAUUCACUGGAUGGGGGCACCAUUAUGUGUCGAAAAGAAGGUACCAUUUGAUAAUACCGGCAAAUGAGAACUGGGAAAAGCCAUUGGGAAGCGAUUCGUUUGAAAUUGGCAAUCACGUUUUGCAUGGUUUGAUUCAUUGUAAUGGUUAUGGUCAUUUGCUGUCGAUUAAUGGCGUUAAUGAGGAUUCAAAUCUGCUUUCUGGAAGUGAUUUCAUGGAUCUCUGGGAUCGUCUUUGUACAAUCCUCAAAACCAGGAAAACUUCAGUGAACGAUGUAUCAAAGAAGGGAGGCGUGGAUUUGAGGUUGCUUCAUGGUGUUGCAUAUGGCCAAUCGUGGUUUGGAAAAUGGGGUUACAGAUUUGGCUGCGGAAGCUAUGGAGUGACAGAGCAGAAAUAUGAAAUUGCUGUUCAAUUUCUAAGCUCAUUGGGGCUAGACAAAAUUUUGAAUGAUUUCAGGAAGGAUGUUCCGAAAAGGGGGAAAAUCAAGCAGAUUAUUGGUACGUACAGAGAGUUGAGUGAGGUUCCAUUGAUCACGAUCAGCGAGUUGUUGCAGUUCAUUCUUUCUAUUAAGUCUAGAGCCCCAUUUCGUAGCAAGAUGAAGCUUGAAAAUGGUGAUGAUUAUUGGUGUGAUCGCGAUACAGGAGAGAAGAACCGGCCAAUAAGUAUGGAGACAUUCGUGAAUUUGAUGGCUAAUAGUGAUUGUAGAUGGCCUGCUAGACGGCUUGAAUUUGUGCUAAUAGUGAUUGUGAAUUUUCUGAAAGAAAAUCAAGAAAAUGUUGGCAGAAAUUGUAGGAUGACCAGACAGGACUUGAGAAAUGAGGCAAGAAAAUUCAUUGGUGACACUGGCUUGAUUGAUUUUGUGCUGAAAUCCAUCAGAUGUUUUGCAUUGGGAAACCAAAUUGUUCGUCGAUCCAUCAACCCAACUACUAAGUUAUUGGAAUUCACUAUCCAUGAAACUGCUGAGGAAGAAGGAUCCAUAAGGGUUCCAUAUUUGUACAAGGAUUCUCAAUGCAGGUGGACAGAGAGAAAGGUGAAACAAGCAACAGACUUCGUUGUGAAAAUCUUGAGAGCACAAAAUGGGGAUAGUGCCAUGUCUAGGCAGGAGCUCCGUGACAAGGCUAGGGCAGCCAUCCGUGACACGGGGCUGAUUGAUUAUGUGCUCAAGUCCAUUAACAGAUCCAUGAUGGGAAACAAGAUUGUUUUUCGAUCGAAGAACCCCUCUACUAAAAGGAUUGAAUUUGCCUUUGAAGAUAUUGUUGAUGCAAACAGAGUUGAUGAGAACAUUGAGUUACAAUUAAAUAUUGAUCAAGAUCUUGUGUACUUGUAUGAAACAGUGCUUUUGAGUUACCCAGGAUCAGACUCAGUGAAUUUGGCUACUGGGGUUGUCUUGGACAGCAAGAAAUUUGUUAAAGAGUGGAAGCUUGAGGAUCAAGAAAAUCAAAUAAUAGCAUUAACAUGUAAAGUCUUGCCGAGUUUCGACGAGUUAGAGAGUGAGUUAACUCGUCCAUUGUCACCUGGUGUGGUUGUUUAUGUUCCCCCUUGGCUUACAAUAGGUGAGCUUAAGGAAGUAACACAAUUUGCACUAAGGGACACAUAUUGCAUAAUGCAAAACUUUGUAGUAACACAAAUUGGUGGUUUAAGGGGAAUAGAGAAUGAGAGGAUGCUAUCAUGCGCAGUGGGCAGAGAUGCACACGUUUGGGUGAGAGGAUGUGGGCUGGACUUGGAUACUGAAUUGAGGUAUGAAGGUGGGCCCAAAAAGUUAAAGGUAGAUUGCAUUUGUGGGGCCAGGGAUGAUGAUGGGGAGAGAAUGGUAAAUUGUGAUGCUUGUCAAGUGUGGUUUCACACAAUAUGCACUGGCAUUGAUGAUCAUGAGGAGGAGGUACCAGAAAUUUUCUUGUGUGAGAGCUGCAGAAAUUUUUAAUUUGUUAAAGAUAUAACGUAGUACAAUCUGAAUUGUCAAAUCUAGUAGAAGUAUAGAUUUAUCAAUAAUAUAAAUUGCUCUUUAUAUUCAUGAUUUAUAGCUUCACCAAUCAUAAAAGGCUUGUAAUUGAUGAGAUUGAAGUUAUAAUUACAAUGUUGAUGUCUUGUUAUUCAGCCGUGCCCAUAGAGUUUGCUAUUUUAAUUUAUCUUUCUAAUUGUAGUGCACCUUUUUAUCGUUCCAUACAUCAAAGAAGUUAAUUCUGAUUUCUAAACAAACAAAAAACUUGAAAAAUGAAAUCACAAUUACAAUGAUCGAGGAAUUAAGGCAAGGAAAGAUUACUUCUAGAUGAACAAUUUAUAGAAAUAUCAUAGAGUAAUCUUCUUCUAUGAACAACAGAACAAGAAUCGAACACCGGAGAAAGGAGACUGAACGAAAUUGAGAAAUUAGCGAUGAAGUUAGAGAGUUUGGCUGAGGA